CCGCGGCCGGAAAAGGAUCGCGCAGGCCAGGAAGUUUCGUUCGGACCGCCCGAGCCCCCGCGGCUGCCGGGGAUGGGCCAGCGAGCCGGGCGCGCGCUGCUCCUGCUGCUCGGGGCCCUCGGAGCCCUCGGGGUGCGGACCGCGGCGGCGCAGGGCCGAGCCCGGCCACACUCCCUGCGCUACCUCUUCAUGGGCGCCACCGUGCCCGACCUGGGGCUGACCCCGUUCGAGGCCUUGGGCUACGUGGACGACCAGCUGUUCGUGUCCUACGAUCACGAGACUCGCCGCGCGGAGCCCCGCACCCCAUGGGCCUGGGGGGGGGCCACUGGGCAGCUGUGGCUGCAGCUGAGUCAGGGCCUGAAGGGGUGGGACCACAUGUUCACAGUGGACUUCUGGACCAUCAUGGACAACCUCAACCACAGCGAGGUGAUGAAGCUGGGGGCGCUGCCAGUGUCCCACACCCUGCAGGUGAUCCUGGGCUGUGAGAUCCUCCAGGACAACAGCACCAGGGGCUUCUGGAAAUACGGCUACGACGGGGAGGACCACCUUGAAUUCUGCCCCAAGACGCUGAACUGGACGGCAGCGGUGCCCAAGGCGAGGGCCACCAAGCUGGAUUGGGAAGUGAACAGUAUUCGGGCCAGGCAGAACAGGGCCUUCCUGGAGAGGGACUGCCCCGAGCAGCUGCGGAGGCUCCUGGAGCUGGGGGCGGGGCUCCUGGACCGGCUGGUUCCUCCUUCGGUGAAGGUGGCUCGUCACGCGGCCUCCGCAGUGACCACUCUUCAGUGUCGGGCUCUGAGCUUCUACCCUCAGGACAUCACCAUGCGGUGGAUGAAGGACAGGCAGCCGCUGGACGCCAAGGACGUGGACGUGCUGCCCAAUGGGGACGGGACGUACCAGGGCUGGGUGGCGGUGUCCGUGCCCCCCGGGGAGGAGCAGAGGCACACCUGCCAGGUGGAGCACCUGGGCCUGGAGCAGCCCCUCACUGCCACCUGGGAGCCCUCGAAGUCCGGCCCCCUGGUCAUCGGAGUCAUCAGUGGGCUCGCCGUUGGUGUCACCGUCCUCUUGGCUGGAGUUUUGUUCAGAACCCUCCGGAACAGGCAGGCUUCCCGAGCAGCCCCGGGGGCCUACGUCCUGGCCAACCUCGGGUGAAGGGCCGCCUGCAGCCCUGCGGGGCAGGAGACAGGCCGAGACCCGGGGUGCGCCGGGGGAGUUCUUGGUGCCUGCGGACAGCGCUGGGCCCAACCGACCAGCUGGAGCCGGCCCAGGAGCUCCCUGCCCUUUGCCGGUCCCCGUUCAGGUCUGUGACUUUGUAUGGGCCGGCAGCCCCCACCGUGAUGGCUCCCGGAGCCGGUGGGCGCGUCUCCCGCUGCAUCCAGAGCCGGCCCCGGUUUCCUGCCGCGCCUCGGGCCCCACGCACCUGCGUCAUCUCAUCUCCUGCCUCUGCCGCGAAGCUCCGGAAGUUUCGGGGACUCAUACCAUCCUUCUGAGUGUGUGGGAAGGGCUGUGGACCUGCUCAGGGCAGGCGCUCUCCUACUGCUACCGUACACAUCCCCAGGCCUUUCCUGGGCCCAUGCAAGUUUCCAUGUAAUCCUCUGCGUCUCUGUGUUCCAGUAACGCCCCCGCCCCCCUGCCCCCGUGGGCGCCUCCGUCAGAGAGCGGUCUGGGUCAUGGUCAACGCUGGGAGAGA